CGACGAGCUCCGCUCUGCAACAUCGGCGAGAGCGGGCGCGAGAGAGAUGGGGGAAGAAGAGAGCUGCGAGAAAGCAGGGCCCGUGUUCAGGGACAUUAGGCGGUACCACUGCGAGUACUGCGGGAUCUGCAGGUCCAAGAAGUCCCUCAUCACUUCUCACAUCCAGUCGCACCACCAGGAUGAGGUGGAAGCGGCAAUGGCUCAAGGUGUCGAGUGGAAGGAGGGAGCGAAAGCUAAUAAUACCUGCGAAGAAUGCGGCGCCACGUUUAAAAAACCCGCGUACUUGAGGCAGCAUAUGCAGGGCCAUUCGCUCGUGGUAUAUUGAGAUCUCUGUUUUGUUAUUGAUGAUGCAACAUGAAAGCAAAUUCUUUGAAAAUUUUAGUCAAGUUUCGAUUAGAUUACACCUGUCAUGGUGGUGGUCUACGGUGAGGUACAGUUUGUAAAGUGGAGGGUUCAGAUUACAGUCGCACCGUUCUUGUUGAACAGACAGUUUUGAUGUACACUGCUCGGUCUUUGCUCUUAAGAUUUUCACAUUUGUAACUUCUGAUGAGGUGUCAGAAACGGCAAUUCGGAUAUUAUCGUUGGGAAUGUACAUGAUUUUUCUGGGCUGUGGAAUAGUGAUGCCGUGAAUUUGUGAAGCAUCAUCACAUGCAAGCACGCGUGAGAAAGCAUUAAUCUU